AUGGGAGGAGAAAUGUUGGAAGCCGUGCGAACUGGCAAGCCUAAUAUUAGCCAACACCAAAUCAGUUUUGCUAAUAUUAAAGACAUUACCGAAGAGUUUAUUUCGCCUCGUCCCACUCUUUUUGCUUGCUUGGUGGAAAAGCAACCUCACUCGCUUUACCAAUUAGCCAAGUUAUUAAAGCGGGAUUAUGCCAAUGUUUAUAAGGAUGUUAGAUCAUUAGUAGCCAUGGGAGUUAUUAAGUUAGAAAAAGAUGGUGAAAUUACUGCAAGUAGAAAGAGUUUCAAUGCCCUCCGUCCCGGUCAAAAUUUAACACACAACAUCUUAUCCCCCACUCCCAGCCACCAAAUUAUUGAUACCGCUGGCACUACUGGUUCCUCUUUGCUUUAUUUGCGCCAAGCCAACUUAAUAAUUGUGCCUUUUCGUCCCCACUAUCCGGAUUGUCAAGAGCAGCGACAAGGAAUUAGAGAAAUUAAAGAUAUUAUUAAAAAAACUAACCGCGGAAUACUCUUGCCACCUUUGCCGGAUAAGCCAGCUCUUUAUGGGAAAAUUUUAAGUGGGA